AGCCAUGGUACAGUGCCUCUAGAGCAGAGAAGGUUAAGGGCCUUGCUCAAUGGCCCAAUAGUGUUAGCCUGAACCCUGAUCUUCUGAACAACACCCCAGAGCAUUAGUCACUUAAGCCACCACUGUCCACUUUAGUGUGGUGGUCUGGAAGGGAUGCUGUCAUGUAAAGGUCUGGUGAAAGAUUUCUAUUCAUAUAAAUGUUUAUUAAUAUAGAAUGUAUAUGCCUGAUAAAUCCAAAUGAAUAAGAUAAAGAUAUUUUUUACCCAAAGCCAGAUUGUAGUGGGCUUAUUUUUUGUCACUUUAAAAGUUUCCUCCCAUAUCAAGCCAACGUCAAGAUAAAGUUUUAAAGUGUCAAAGCCACACCUCUUAUUGAAACACAGGACAAAACCUGUGGACACACAAAGUGCUGCUAGUGAGUGUAAGAGUGAGGCGAAGAUCUAGACAUCAGACUCAAAUCGAUGGAAAAUUAAAGGUUUCCUGUGAUUGUUGUCAGUCACUUGCAUCCUCCGAAGAAGGCAACAUCUACAGCUUCCUUGAUUCCAUAAAGAACAGAUUGAUAUUGAACUGUAGACUCACUAUCUCACAGAAGACAAAUCUUGUGCUGACAUGGAUUGGAAGACUUUAGAAUCCCUCCUCAGUGGAGUAAAUAAAUACUCCACAGCUUUCGGACGGGUCUGGCUGACGCUGGUGUUCGUGUUCCGGGUCAUGGUGUUUGUGGUGGCUGCUGAGCGUGUGUGGGUCGAUGACCAGAAAGAAUUUGACUGCGACACCAAAAGACCUGGCUGUCCCAAUGCCUGCUACAACUACUUCUUCCCCAUUGUACACACACGGCUCUGGGCACUACAGCUCAUCUUUGUCACCUGCCCUUCCUUCUUGGUUGUAAUGCAUGUGUGGUACCGUGAAGAUCGCGAGCGCAAAUAUCAGCUUACACAUCAUGACGGGGCCAAGCUCUACGACAACCCGGGACAGAAACAUGGAGGUCUGUGGUGGACGUAUCUUAUUAGCCUGUUUGUCAAGACGGGCGUAGAGGUGGGAUUCCUCUACCUGUUGCAUAUGAUCUACAACAACUUUGACAUGCCUCGCAGCGUGGUGUGUGAUGUUGAACCCUGCAGACAGGUGACAUGCUACAUAGCAAGGCCCACUGAGAAAAGGGUCUUCACAUACUUCAUGGUAGGGGCUUCAGCCAUCUGCAUAGUCCUGAAUGUGACAGAGAUCUUCUACUUGAUCGCCAUGCGCAUUUUGCAUCUCACCCAAAAAGGGAGCCUUGUCACCAAACGCAGGGGGUGUGGAGAGUCGGCAUGUGAUGAGUGUAACAUGCCAAUGAACACAAUCGACUACAAGUUAGCUUGUCCUGAAAAGGCAGAAAAGCAACCUUAAAAUGACAGACUCAGGCAGAAGAUUAUGUUUUUAUACAUGAGUCAUUUGAAAAAAUUUAUAGUUUAUAAAAUGAUAUAUUUAUAACGCUAUGUCCGUGACAACAUCUGGUGGAAAGUAAUAUUGUAAUAAUAUCCCUAAAAUCUGGAAGAGUGACCCAGAAACACAGCUUUUUAAGAGCAGAUAAAAAAUGUACUUUUUUAUCCUGAUCUAUUUAUAAUUCUUAUCAUUUUUCCUCUAAUCUUGGAAUCAUAUAACCUACUUUUCAUUGUAUGUUUAAAGUGAAUACAUGACCAUAGAAUACAUUGUUCUUUAACCAAGUUAGGCAUUUUGGACAAAAAAUUAGAAUAUAGAAAAUUUUUAUUAUUAUUAUUAUUAUUAUUAUUAGUAGUAGUAGUAGUAGUAGUAGUAGUAGUAUUAUAUUGAUCUAUUGUAGUUACUGGCUGUCACUCUUAGCCAUUAAAGCAAAUAUUAGAUUUAUAGACUACCAGAAGACACUUUUGUUAAGAUGCAUAAAAUAAUAAAUUAUAUAAG